UGUAAUCCUGCUAUUUCGAUUGCUACUAUGAUUUUAUGCCCAGGCCGCCAAGGUUGACUUCAAAAUUGCUCGUACGAGUAGUAUUAUGCGCCGCUUUCCUUGCGCCUCUGAGACCUUUCCUUCAACACUGCAUAACCCGUCAAAAGAAUCAAAGUAAACAUCUUAAACUAUGUGGCAAAAGGUACGAAAAAUUAUCAUCUGACAAAUGUGUAACAUUUACGAAUGGAGGGAAGUGCAUUGGAUCAAUUUGAGACUACACGAUAAACGACGACGAGCAGCGCACAGGAGGCCGCCUGGUGGCGAGAAUUGAAGUUCCAAUAAAUUCCGGAAGCAUUCCGAAAAAGCAUUUUGAAACGUUUCUGGAUGGCCAGGACGAUGCGGACAGUACAGAUGGGACGGACGGGAUGGACAGGACGGACGGUCCUUUCCAAAUUUCCGG